UUAAAAAAAUAUAGAAGUAAAAUGGUAAAUUAUUUAGUAUUACAUAAACUUUCUGAUUCAUUUGAUAUUAAAAAAAUUUUAAAGUAGUAACCGAGUAACGAUGCAAUAUAUAAUAGCAUUUCUGUUGGUAACUGGAACAACUUUUCAAAUUGCACAAUCAGACGAUGAUCAAUUUCAAAAUACUGGUGUAUGGAUUAUACCAAAUUUUUCAAAAUCAAUUUCAUGGAUUGGAAAUUUGGCCAAGGAAGCAUCUGAUGAAUUUAUAAAUUUGUCGUACAACAUGAAAGACAAAUUACAAAAUGUUUUUACUAUAUCAUCUAUACCAAAUUCUGAAACGAUAGAUGGUAAUGUUGGAAAAGUACAGAUUUAUACUUCAAGAACAGUAAUCAUACCAUCUCAAGAUUCAGUAACAGAUAUGGCCAUAGAAGAAGUGCCAUCUCAAGAAUUAGUUACAAAUAUCGGGCAAAUGAACAUGCAACUUCAAAAUGUAGUAACAGAUAUUCCACAAGAAAUCAUGCCACCUCAAGUUUUAGAAACCACAAUAAAAACAGUAAUACAAUCUCAACCAGAUGAAAUAAUAUAAUAGAAUCAUAAUACAUUUUGUUUAAUCUUUAAAUUUACAGUUAUUUAAUUAAAAAAAUAAUUAAUACAAUAGACAUUUUAUAGCCCAAAUGUACAUCCAAAAUUAAACAAAAUAGUUAGGUUAUAAAAUAUUUAUCAAAAAAUAAUAAAAAUUAUGUAAGUUACUUAAGACACACAUUUUAGAUUUUGAACAGAGCAAUAUAUUGGUUUAACAGAUUGUUUUUA